UCACAUAAAAGUGGUUCCGCCACUGGCUUUUGCUAUUCCUGCUUGAUGUGUCGCCAAUGGGAGUGGAGGCGCCAAACACUGCACAGAAUGCUCCAACUGAAGUGACAGAGGAGAAUAUAGAUGCCUUGCUUGAGGCUGCACGAUAUGAUGAUGAAUGAUCUUGUGAGCCUAGCUUCUAUUGGUGUUCCACUUGAUUCCAAGGAUUCACAAGGAAGAACAGUUCAGUAACUAUUUCUGGUUGGUAGUUCCAUUGGAGGAUUAGGUAAUCGCGGGAGUGCUUGCUAGAAUGGGGAUUAGGUAAUCGCGGGAGUGGUUGAAUUAUUAUGAUAACUUUUGGCUCAUCCCCGCGUGUUUCCAUGGCGUUUGGCAAGUUUGCUUUCGCCUUCGUAUUCUAAUAUUUUGCAUCGUUCAUCCUGGAGAAAGUAAGCUUGCCUAAGCUCUUCAAAUGGCGAGACUACGCCUUUUGCUUCAUAACCUUGCUGUCGAUGUUGGCACAGCCUGCACAAAGCCUCGUACUUAUGGCCAGCUCUUAGUUGCGCGUCGCUUCUGCUUUUUCUCCUCUUUUACGGACACUAGCUGUGGCCUCAGGUCUCCUCGAACCCACGAGACAUUGGGAAAUUUCAACGAAGAAUCAGUUUCCUCAAGUUCUCUUUCUGAUGCGUUUUUGGUGGAAAAAGUUUUCUUGAGUUUGAGGCAAGGGAAUCUCAAUUCACUGAGCAAUCACCUUUUCCGUGCUUCAGACCCAUCAAUUGUGGUUGAAGUUCUUCAUCGAUGUCACGAUAACUUGGUCCUGGGUCAGAAGUUUGUCAAUAUAAUCAUGGUAAAUUGUCCAAAUUUUAAGCACUCAUCCCGCUCGUUGAGUGCAAUGAUUCACAUUUUAUUUCGUUGUAGGAUGCUACCAGAAGCCCAGGCUUUGAUUCUUAGAAUGAUAAGGAGGAGUGGCGCUUCACGUAUUGAAAUUGUCGAGUCCUUGCUUUCAACGUACGUCAAUUGUGGUUCCAAUUCUUUUGUUUUUGAUUUGUUGAUAAGGACUUUUGUUCAGGCGAGGAAAUUAAGAGAAGGCUGUGAGGCAUUUCGUUUGUUGAGAAGUAAGGGAUUUUGUGUUUCUAUAAAUGCUUGUAAUGCUCUUCUUGGUGCUCUUGUGAGGGUUGGUUGGAUGGAUUUGGCAUGGAAUAUAUAUGAAGAUAUUUUGAGAAGUGGAACACAGAUGAAUGUAUACACUCUAAAUAUUAUGGUUAAUGCUUUGUGCAAAGAUUGCAGAAUGGACCAAGUUAAAAUUUUCUUGACGAACAUGGAGGGUAAGGGGCUUUUUCCAGAUUCUGUAACAUACAAUACUCUAAUCAGUGCACACUGUCGUGAGGGGCUUGUAGAAGAGGCUUUUGAAUUAAUGAACUCGAUGAAGCUUAGGGGGUUGAAACCUGGCCUUUUUACUUAUAAUGCUAUUAUCAAUGGCUUAUGUAAGAAUGGAAACUAUGUGAGAGCAAAGGAACUUUUUUAUGAGAUGUUGAGGAUAGGAUUGAACCCUGACACUGCCACUUUUAAUACAUUGCUUGUUGAAAGUUGUAAAAAGGAUAAUAUUUCUGAAGCUGAAAAGAUUUUUAAGGAAAUGUCACAGCAUGGAGUUGUUCCAGAUUUAUUUAGCUUUAGCACACUUAUAGCGUGGUUCUCCAGGAAUGGAUACUCUGACCAGGCCUUGGCAUAUUUUGGGAAAAUGAAGGAUGCUGGGUUGGUUCCUGAUACUGUUAUAUAUACUAUUCUUAUAGAUGGGUAUUGCAAAAGUGGAAAAAUGUCUGAGGCUUUGAAGAUGCGAAAUGAAAUGGUAGAGCAGGGCUGUCUAAUGGAUGUGGUUGCAUACAAUGCUAUACUGAAUGGAUUGUGUAGGGAAAAUAUGCUUGUUGAUGCUGAUGAGCUAUAUAAUGAGAUGGUGGAAAGGGGGAUUUUUCCUGAUUUCUUCACCCUCACCACAAUCAUUCAUGGCUAUUGUAAAAAUGGAAACAUGACAAGAGCGCUUAAUUUAUUUGAGACUAUGACUCAAAGGAACUUAAAGCCUGAUGUUGUGACAUAUAAUACGUUGAUGGAUGGCUUCUGCAAAAUGGGUGAAAUGGAAAAAGCAAAGGAGUUGUGGUAUGACAUGAUACACAGAGAAAUUUUUCCUAACCAUAUAUCAUUUAGCAUUUUGAUAAAUGGAUACUGCAGCUUAGGUCUUGUUUCUGAAGCAUUCAGGUUGUGGGAUGAAAUGGUAGAAAAAGGUAUAAAACCGACCUUGGUUAAUUGCAACACCAUUAUAAAGGGCUAUUGUCGGUCUGGUGAUGCAUCAAAGGCAAGUGAGUUCUUGAACAAGAUGAUUUUGGAGGGAGUUUUACCUGACAGUAUCACAUACAAUACUCUAAUAAAUGCUUUUCUAAGGGAAGAGAAUUUGGACAAAGCUUUCAUUUUCAUUAAUAGCAUGGAAAAACAAGGUAUACUACCUGAUAUUAUCACAUACAAUGCAAUUCUUAAUGGAUAUUGCAGGCGAGGCAAAAUACAAGAGGCUGAGAUGGUCUUGCGUAAGAUGAUUGACAAAGGUGUCAAUCCUGAUAGAUCAACAUACACAUCAUUGAUAAAUGGGCAUGUCUCUCAAAACAACCUGAAAGAGGCAUUCCGCUUUCAUGAAGAGAUGCUGCAAAGAGGAUUUAUUCCAGAUGACAAAUUCUAAGAUUUUUAUGGUAGAAGCUAUUUGGACAUAUUAGCAUCUCGUUUUACAUCCAUAUAUGAAGGUCUAAAAGUGACCAGAGAAUAUUAUCAAAGGAAGGAGAACGGGACUUUGACCAGAAAGGAGAAUGGGAUGCGGUGGUGGACUAUCCUGUGGCAUCAUGAAGCUCUUCACAUGGUUGCUGCUAAUGGACAUCUUGACGUUGUAGACUACUUAAUCAGCAGAGUGUUACAAUUCCAAUGUACAUGAUUGCGGUCAGAGGUUCAAAGGCUUCUUGGAUCUGGGAUAGUAUAUUAUGUGGACGAGAGUUUUUGAAAAAUGACCUCUGAUGGCAAAUAAGGAGAGGAAAUUAUGUUCAAGUGUGGAAGGAUCCGUGGAUUCCUGGAGCUGAUAAGUAUUUAUUGCAGAAAAAAGAAACUGUAGUGGAUGAGUCUCUGCCAGUAACUACUCUAAUACAGGACGGAAGAUGGAAUGUUCAUGAAAUUGGAGACUCUGUGGCACCAGGAAUAUUGAGAUUAAUUCUGAAAAUUCCUAUUUCUCCAUCACGAAAGGUAGAUCAACUUGUGUGGGCUGGUAAUACUAAUUGCAUGUAAUCGGUUCGAGCAGGAUACAAAAGACUUGGGGAAAGAACUGGAAUGAGCUGUGGCUGGUACAGAGACAUCAUCACAGGUAGCUAACAGAUUGCGGGCAACAAUCUGGAAGUCAAAGGAUUAUCCCAAGGUCAAAUUUUUUAUUUGGAGAAUUCUCUCUAAGGCUGUUGCUAUAAAUGAAGGAAUGAAUAGGAGGAGAUGUGGUCAUAGUCCUGUUUGUCCUAUAUGCUUUAAUGAUGUUGAAUCUGUUGAACAUAUGCUUUUUAACUUGUACUUGGGUAAAGGCAGCUUGGUUUGGUAGUCCACUAAGUAUUCUUAUUAACCCUGCUGCUAUACAAAGUUUUAUGAAGUGGUUUGAAGGGAUGCUGUUUCUGGAUAUUGAGGAUUUGGAGUAUGUUAUGGCGUAUGUGACUUUUUUUUUUUUUGGCUGGAAUUUAUGGAAAAUGCGGUGUGAUUUCAUCUUCAAUAAUUUGCCUCUUGAUCCUAUGGAGAUUAUUGAAACAAUCAACAGUAUGAUCAAUGAAUUUUGGAAAAAUAAUGGUCUGUUCCCUCCAGAAUCUCUUAACAGACUGCCGGUCUGAAGUUGAAUGGACUAAACCUCCCUUGGGUGAGAUUAAAAUUAAGUAAGAUGCGGCCUUUCGUAAGUUCACUUCAGCUGCAGGUCUGGGCGUUUUGUGUAGGGAUUCUAUGGGCUGUUUUGUUCAAGGUUGGAUGGAUCGAAUCUCAGAAAGCUCAAGAUUCACGGCAGAAGAACUAUUGAGUGUGAAGAAGGCGGUGGAAUUAGCUGACUUUUUUUUUCCGGUUAAGGUUACCUUGGAGAUGGAUUGCGCCGUUCUCUAUAGGGCUUUGACAUCCAGAGAGUACCAUUCGCGUGCAUGGAAAUGCCAUCACAUUCUAAAAGAUUUGACUGAAAUAACAGUCUGAGUUUUCUAUCAUUUUCUCUUGUUCCCAGGGAUGGGAAUCGUGCUGCUGAUUCGAUGGCUGCUCAGGCUUCAAGGGAGUUGCGACCAUCAGGUCUGGUUUUGUUACCACCAACUCCUCCAGCUUCUCUUCUACUCAGGGAUUCAGUUCAUCAAUUCUCGUCUGAAUUAGUUCAGCAGAAUGUAGUGACUGACAGGGAAGGAAUUGGCUAACUUGUUUAAAUAUCUGGUUAUGUUUUUCUGUUGCUGUUUUAUGGUUUUUUUUUUUUGAAGUAUUUUCGUUUCGGUCUUUACUUCCUUGUACUGUUGAACCUUUGUUUUUGCUUUCAUUAAUGCAAUUUGCAUCCUCUUGACGAUCAAAAAAAUU